AAAUUUCCACUCACCGAUUCGUUAACUCGGUAGUUUUCUGACUCAGUCAUGGCUGAACCUUCGUUACCGUCCCCGCCUCCGACGGAGCGCAUCUCCGCCGGGUCGACCAACGAAAAAUUGGCGCUCUCCUCCGCGGAAUUCCUGUCUCGUUAUGAGGUCCUGAAGCGACGCUCACAGCGCAUCAAGCGCCUCUCGAAGCUCUACAAGUCGCACUACUGGGCGUUGAUGGAGGAACUGCGGGCGAAGCACAAGGAGUAUUACUGGAUAUACGGGAAGAGCCCGUACAGAGGCGAUGACAGGAGUCAUAAAGAGAAUAAUAGUAAUAAUAAUUGUAGUAAUGGUAAGAGUAAAGGAGAAGGUAAUGAUACAAACCGGAGGGAGGGAACCGGAGAGGACGAUGGUGUGAUGAUGAAGAAGUGUGGCGUGGCGGGGUGUAAAUCGAAGCCGAUGGCGUUGACGAGGUUUUGCCAUCAGCAUAUUUUGUCGGAUUCAAAGCAGAAGCUUUAUAAGGCCUGUUCUUAUGUUGUUAAAAGUGCACAUACUGGACCCAUAUUGUGUGGAAAGCCAAUACUGCGAUCCACUGUUCCUUCUCUGUGCUCCAAUCAUUUUCAGAAGGCUGAAAAGCAUGUUGCGCGAGCUCUUAAAAAGGCAGGUCUGAAUGUCACUUCACCAAACAAGGUUGCUCCAAAAUUACAUGUUGUAGUUACAGAAUACGUGCACCAGAUUCAAGCUAAAAGAAGAGCUGCACAGAAGGCUUCUCUGGCCAAAGUUGAGGUUAAGGAAGAAAUAACUAGUUAAAACUUUAGUUGGUUAAGGCUUGAUCUUUCUGCAGAUUGAGCUGCUUAAGAUGUUUAGCAACAUGUGAUCUGUAUAGAUAGUGUUUAACACAUUAGUAAAGCUGAAAGAUUUCAAAUCUGGGGUCAAGUAAUAUUUGAAUGAAGCUGGACCAUCUGGGUGUGACAUUGGAUUUUUGGCUUGCAAGUCAAAUCUCUGUGCAUGCUGAAGGUUAUUCUCCUUGUGUAUAAUAGAUUCUUCAUGGACACGUGAUAUUAUCAAUUCCGGGGGGAAUAAUAGGUGAUGUAAAUGAAGAACAUUGUGUUCAGAACUCAGCUUGGAAGCAUGAGAGAAUUGGCUGGUAAAAAAUUACAAAUAUUGACUUGAUAUUUCAACUAGCUGUUUUCAUAUACAUAUGAAUGACAUAUCUGUGAAAGGGAAAUUUUAAUCUUGUUCUA